AUGAUCUAGAUUUUAAUUCACCAGAAGAAGUCUUAGAACUAAAACUUUAUGGUUCGAUGUCAUCUAUACCUUCUUUAUAUUUUACAAAAUAUUAUUAUACUCAAAAGUUAAAUUUGGAGUCUUUAAAAAUAUUAAAAAUUAUUCCGGGAGCGUUUAAUAGAUUAAACAACUUAAAAGUUCUACAUUUAAAUAAAAAUAAUUUAACUAAUUUAGGGGAUGGAAUUUUUAAUUCAUUAAUUUAUCUCGAGGAAUUGUACUUAGAAUUUAAUAAAAUUGAAAAUAUUACUGAUCACGCAUUUGCUGGAUUGAAUAAUUUGAAAAUUUUGAAUUUAAGUGAAAAUCGUCUUCACCAAAUAUCCCAAAGUAUUAAUUUUCUUGGUAAUCUUCAGAGUAUUUAUAUUGGGAAUAAUUUUAUCUCCAUUGAAAAUUUAUACAACCACCGCGUUAAAUAUUUAGACUUAAGUUCAAACAAUAUAUCAAGUUUUCAAAUUGAUUUCGGUGUUACUACAAUUAUACUCAAUCAUAACAAUAUUAAUAACAUCAGUAAUUCGAUGUUCCGAUAUGCCCAUUUUUUAAUUCAUGUUGACUUAAGUUUUAAUAGUUUAACAUCAAUAGACAUAAACACUUUCGAUAGAAAUAAUUCAAUUGAAACAUUGAAAUUAAACAACAAUUUGUUGAUUAAAAUUCCUGCCGGAUGUUUUAGAAUGUUUGUUGAAUUGAAAUUACUGAACUUGUCUAAUAACUGUUUAAAAGAAAUACCAGUUGGUGAAUUUGAUUCAUUACAACAACUCACAAAUUUAGAUCUAUCAGGUAAUUUAUUAAAACAUAUGUUUGACUUUACGUAUUUACAAAUUCGAUCACUCAAUCUAAGGGAUAAUUUAUUGCGUGACUUUUAUGUCAAUUUAAAAUACAUGCCACAUAUGACUGAAAUUUUUAUAAGCGGGAAUGGGUGGGACUGCCAAAACCUUAUUAAUAUAAUAAGAGAUCUUAAUGAUAGAAAAGUUAAAUUUGACACUGGCCGCAACUACUCUGGUAGUAAUAUUUUAGGCAUUCCAUGUGAUAAUAAUAAAUAUACUAAAUCGGAUUCGAUAGAACAAAAUGCAGCGCAAUCAAAACCACCAAAUUCGUCGACAUUGCUUCAAUAUUUUAACCGCGAUUUUUUUAACAGCAAUUUUUAUAAAUAUUUUCAAUCAUUCACCGACAAAGGUUUAAAUUACACAGAUACAAUUGAUUCAAUCAAAAAUUCUGUACAAAAUAUUUUCAAAAAUAACUCGAUCUCCGAUUAUUUUCAAUACGGCUUUCUCAAAUCAAAUUUUGUAAAAUAUUUAAAUAGUUUUAAAUCUGGUAAAAAUUUAUCGUUUCCUGAAACUGAAAUGUAUGAAUUUUUUGAUAAAAAGUUUAAUCACACAAACUUUUUUAAAUUUUUAUAUUCAUAUAAACCUGAAAUGGAUAUUGAACACAUAAAUACUACAGGUGAAUUGAAAUCAUAUAACAGUAUAAUGUUAGAAAUACUCAAAAAUUUAACAUCCAGAGAAGAUAAUUUGGAAAAAUAUGUUCAAGAUGAAUUGAAGUCAAAAAACAACAUUAUACUUAUUAGAAACCUGACAUCUGAAAUGAGGGGUUUAGGAGGUGUUGCUUUGAAACAGAAAUCCGAAGAUUUACAGAAAGAUUCAAUUCCAGUAACUAAUUACAUAACGCAGGGAUUUAUUAUAACUAUCCUCAUUUUGUUGCUUCUUGUACAACUUUACCAAGUUUAUCAGGGAAAAAUAUCUACGUCUUCGCCAGAACUUGUUGAAUUAUCUUAAUUGUACGUAAUUUUUUAUUGUAUUUGUAACUUAUAAUAUAAUGUAUUAAUUAAUGUAAUGAAAAAAUAAUAUUGUAAAAUAUAUAUACAUUAA